UACUUACGUUCAAGAAGCUUCAACGUGAAGUGAAGAUGAAGCGCGAGUUUAACGAUCGAUCCGCGUGUGGGUAACUUCGGAAGUCACAACUUCUAGUUCUGCUUGGUGUGUCAACUUGGAGAAGUACAUUUUGAUGAGCUAACAUUUGGUGAAGGAUUCUCGUUCGGAUCAUGGCAGCGCCGGCGCCUACUUCAGCCGACGCGUGCAUGAGCAUAGUGCACAGUCUGAUGUGUCAUCGUCAGGGUGGAGAAUCCGAAGGCUUUUCCAAGCGGGCCAUAGAAAGCUUGGUCAAAAAACUGAAGUUGAAACGUGCCAUUUCUCUUAAGGAAAAACGCGAAGAGCUUGAUAGUCUGAUAACAGCUAUAACGACUAAUGGAGCUCAUCCGAGCAAAUGCGUCACGAUUCAGCGCACUUUGGAUGGCAGACUUCAGAGCAAACAGCUCCCGUCGCCAGUCAUGUUUGCCCAGUGUCAAUCGUCGCCGGAAGAAAAGGCUUCCCUCACGUCAUCUACGCCCGUAUUUGGAGGUGGCCAGACUUACACAAAAAUGAACUGA